UGUGCAAAGCAGUGUUCAAAGGGAUACGAUUGUUAUAUUUGCAAAAAAAGUGGCCACCGGGUAAAAAAUUGUCCGGAUAAGUACAAAAAUGGGUCUAAAACAUCUAUAUGUUUUAGAUGUGGAGACUCUAGACAUGACAUAAUUUUGUGCAAGUAUGAGUACUCACAUGAUGAUUUAAAGGAUAUACAAUGCCAUGUCUGUAAAAGAGUUGGCCAUCUAUGCUGUGUUGAACCGGGUAACUCACCGUUAUGGGUUGUGUCUUGCUAUAGAUGUGGUCAGUUGGGUCACAUUGGACUGGCUUGUGGUAGGUACUAUGAGGAAAGCACCGAAGAAAAUUCUGUUAGUUCAUGCUUUAGGUGUGGGGAAGAAGGGCAUUUCUCACGUGAAUGCCCGAAUUCGUCGAGCAUUAGGACUUCACAUGGCAGAGACUCACCUAGUUUAUGCUACCGAUGAAAUGGAGCAGGACAUUUUGCUCGUGAAUGUCCGAAUUCCUCUCAGGUCUCCAAGAGGAAUCGUGAGCUAUCUACUCCAUCACAUAAAUCUAACAAUAGAAAUAAACAAAACUCGGAACACACUCCUACUCCCCAUGAAUCCAACAGGAAAACAAAGAAUAAAGAAAACUUUGAACACAUUUCUACUCCCCAUGAAUCCAACGGAAAGACGAAGAAGAAGAAAAAAAAUAAAGAAAACUUGGAACACAAUUCUACUCCCCAUGAAUCCAACAGGGAGACAAAGAAGAAGAAGAAUAAAGAAACCUCGGAACACUAUUCUCCUCCCCGUGAAUCCAAUGGGAAGAUGAAGAAAAAAACACAUAAAGGAGAACAUGGAGAACAUCCGCAAACUACACCACAAAAACCAAAACUGAGAGGCGGUUGGAUGAUAGAUGAUCUGGAAGACCAUUUUAUCCAAAGAGGAAAUAUCAGGAGGCCAAGGUCUCCUAUUACACCAUCGGGUCAUAACCAUCAUAGGUUACCAACAACAUAUAUGGGUCAUACUCAUAACCAUAGAUCACCAAUAUUUAGUUAUGGUGGUCAUUAUCCUGGUUCUCAAUCAACCACACCAUAUGGUAGAAAGCAUAGAAAUUCAUCAUAUGAGUCUAGUGGGCAUCUCUCAGAUCAUCCGCAUUCAAGGUGGCAACCUCAUUAUCCUUCUUCUUCCCAUCAUCAUCAGAAUCACAGAUAUGCACAUGCACCUUCAAGGUAUGGUCCGGUUCACCACUGUAGCGAGUUUCCAGAGAACUAUGGUCGCUGGUAGUAUCAAUUGAUAUUGUCAGAGAUGAUUAUUAUGCUUGAUGGUGUUUAUUGGGAUCAAAGGUUAGCUUCACUAGAUCUCUUGUAUUUGAUUUGGGCAUUGAUGUCAGCUUCUUCUUGUUUUGUUCUCUUCUCUUAUGCAAGUAGUUUUGUUCACUCCUCAUUUCCUUCUCUCAAGUAAAUUGCUCAGAUUUUCCUUUGUUAUAUCUGUUCUUUAGUUUAACUUUUAAAGAUAGU